GACAGACAGUCAGACAGACAGACAGACAGACAGACAGACAGACAGACAGACAGACAGACAGUCAGACAGACAGACAGACAGACAGACAGACAGACAGACAGACAGACAGACAGACAGACAGGAUCGAAGGGGGAAACAAAGCAGUGAAACAAACAAUGGCUUUCUUGGACAACCCAGCCAUUAUCUUGGCCCACAUCCGGCAGUCCCAUGUGACCAGCGAUGACACGGGCAUGUGUGAGAUGGUGCUAAUCGACCACGACGUGGACCUGGAGAAGUGGCAGCUGGCCUCGGUGCCCGGCAGCAGCGGGGGUUCACUGGGUUCGGGCUCCCUAGGCGAAGGGGGCAGCGGAGGGGAGAACCCGGGCUGCGACCUCUCCCAGUCAUUGGACAUCACCUCCAGCUGGGACUUUGGCAUCCGACGGCGCUCCAACACAGCUCAAAGACUUGAACGGUUAAGGAAGGAGCGACAGAACCAGAUCAAAUGCAAAAACAUUCAAUGGAAGGAGAGGUCGUCCUCGCAAUCAGCGGAGGACCUGGGUUCCCUGUUUGAGAAGAGGGACUUUAAAGAUAGACCCAGGAGCACUGGUACCAAGUCGACCCUCUCUCUCCGGCUCGAGCAAUGCCCCCAGCAGCUCAACAACCCUUUCAACGAAUACUCCAAAUUUGACGGCAAGGGCCACGUAGGUACAACCGCAACCAAAAAAAUUGACGUCUACCUCUCGAUGCAGUCUGCACAGGAGAAACUGCAUCCCAUGAUGGUGGUGACCAUCGCCAACGCUCGGGUCCACGACCUCAUUGGCCUCAUCUGCUGGCAGUACACCAGCGAGGGCCGCGAACCCAAACUCAAUGAGAACGUGAAUGCAUACUGCCUCCACAUAGCAGAGGAUGACGGGGAGGUGGACACAGACUUCCCCCCUUUGGACUCCAAUGAGCCCAUCCACAAGUUUGGUUUCAGCACUCUGGCCCUGGUCGAGAAGUACUCGUCCCCCGGCCUGGCCGCCAAGCAGUCCCUCUUUGUACGAAUAAAUGCUGUCCAUGGUUUUUCUCUCAUCCCAGUGGACAGCCUGAAGGUGACCAUGAAGGAGAUCCUGCAGAAGGCACUGAAGAAGAGGAAAGGCUCUCAGAAAGGCUCUGGUCCCAUGUACCGUCUGGAGAGGCAGACGGAGCCCAACGUGCCCGUGGAUCUGGACUGCAGCCUCGAGAGCCAGAGCACCCUAGAGUUCUGCCUGGUCAGGGAAAACAGCUCCAGAGGAGAGGACAGUUCAGAGGAGGAUCCUCCCAUGGACAUCACCACGGUGCAGGACAUGCUGAGUAGCCACCGCUACAAGUCCUUCAAGAUCAGCAUGAUCCACAAGCUCCGCUUCACCACUGACGUACAGCUCGGCAUCUCGGGGGAGAAGGUGGAGAUCGACCCCGUCACCAACCAGAAGACCAGCACCAAGUUCUGGAUCCGACAGAAACCUAUCUCCAUCGAUUCAGACCACCUCUGUGCCUGUGACCUUGUGGAGGAGAGGAGCCCCAGUCAUGCAAUAUUCAAGCUCACAUACCUCAGUAACCACGACUACAAGCCCUUGUACUUUGAGUGUGAUGCUGCUACUGUCAAUGAGAUCGUGCUGAAGGUGAACUACAUCCUGGAGUCUCGGGCCAGCACGUCGCGGGCGGACUACUUUGCCCAGAAGCAGCGUAAACUGAGCCGGCGCACCAGUUUCAGCUUCCAGAAGGAGAAGAAGUAGAGGAGAGACCCUGGAGCCACUGUCUAGACCCUGGAGCCACUGUCUAGACCCUGGAGCCACUGUCUAGACCCUGGAGCCACUGUCUAGACCCUGGGACCACUGUCUAGACCCUGGAGCCACUGUCUAGACCCUGGAACCACUGUCUAGACCCUGGAACCACUGUCUAGACCCUGGAGCCACUGUCUAGACCCUGGAGCCACUGUCUAGACCCUGGAGCCACUGUCUAGACCCUGGAGCCACUGUCUAGACCCUGGGGCCACUGUCUAGACCCUGGGGCCACUGUCUAGACCCUGGGGCCACUGUCUAGACCCUGGGGCCACUGUCUAGACCCUGGGGCCGCUGUCUAGACCCUGGGGCCGCUGUCUAGACCCUGGGACCACUGUCUAGACCCUGGAGCCACUGUCUAGACCCUGGAGCCACUGUCUAGACCCUGGAGCCACUGUCUAGACCCUGGGGCCACUGUCUAGACCCUGGGGCCACUGUCUAGACCCUGGGGCCACUGUCUAGACCCUGGGGCCACUGUCUGGACCCUGGGGCCACUGUCUGGACCCUGGGGCCACUGUCUGGACCCUGGGGCCACUGUCUGGACCCUGGGGCCACUGUCUGGGCCACUGUCUGGACCCUGGGGCCACUGUCUGGACCCUGGGGCCACUGUCUGGACCCUGGGGCCACUGUCUGGACCCUGGGACCACUGUCUGCACCCUGGGACCACUGUCUAGACCCUGGAACCACUGUCUAGACCCUGGAGCCACUGUCUAGACCCUGGAGCCACUGUCUAGACCCUGGAGCCACUGUCUAGACCCUGGGGCCACUGUCUAGACCCUGGAACCACUGUCUAGACCCUGGAGCCACUGUCUAGACCCUGGAGCCACUGUCUAGACCCUGGAGCCACUGUCUAGACCCUGGGGCCACUGUCUAGACCCUGGGGCCACUGUCUAGACCCUGGGGCCACUGUCUAGACCCUGGGGCCGCUGUCUAGACCCUGGGGCCGCUGUCUAGACCCUGGGACCACUGUCUAGACCCUGGGACCACUGUCUAGACCCUGGAGCCACUGUCUAGACCCUGGAGCCACUGUCUAGACCCUGGAGCCACUGUCUAGACCCUGGGGCCACUGUCUAGACCCUGGGGCCACUGUCUAGACCCUGGGGCCACUGUCUAGACCCUGGGGCCACUGUCUAGACCCUGGGGCCACUGUCUGGACCCUGGGGCCACUGUCUGGACCCUGGGGCCACUGUCUGGACCCUGGGGCCACUGUCUGGACCCUGGGGCCACUGUCUGGACCCUGGGACCACUGUCUGCACCCUGGGACCACUGUCUAGACCCUGGAACCACUCUCUGAAGCCCGUACCGUGGAGCCACUGACUUCACUCUCACAGCAGAGGGCCAAGGGAGAGAGUGAAGAGCGUCACAGUCAGAGAUAUAAUACGAGUGAGGGAUGAUGAGAAAUAAAAAGAGAGGGAGAUCAAGGCCGCAGGAAGAUGUUUUUUCGUUCUCUGCUCAUACAGUGUAAAGGCCUAGUUCACUAAUUUUGAAAAAUAUAUAUUUUAUUUAGAUUCAUCAGGGGGUGCUGUAGCACCCUCGACACCCUUACUUCUCGCAGCUAUGAGGGAGAUGCGUCUUGAUCCUAGAUAAUUAAAGAGCUGCCUCCUAAACUCCACUGUCUUCACAAAAGGUUCUCCACUCGUCAGCCAUAUCAGAUCUAAAGUUCUCCGCCUGACCUUUGCCCUUUUAGGAAUGCUUAGACAUAGAAAACAAGAACAAGGCGGGACUCGUAGUCCUAUUCUGAAGGAGAUGAAGGAAUGCAACUCCCCCCCCACCCCCCCCACCCCUAUUAUUGUCAAUCCCAUGAACUCAGGAUGGAUCAGAGGACCACGGUGUUGCUUUAACACCAGUGUCAAUCAACGAAACCUUGUUCCAUCCACCGCUUACAAAUCAAUUCUACAUUUGAGAGUUGAAUGCAUAUACCGAUGGCUCGAGUGAAAACCAAAGCCAUCAGGACAAUGAAAAUACUAAAUCCCCCUGCUUCUGCUCUUCUCUACGUAUGAAGAUGUAAACUUAAUCAGUCUUAUGUUGUACAUUGGUAUGUAAAGGGGACAUCCUUACAUUUUUAUUUGUAUAUAGAUAACGAUUACAUUCAGGGGUCUAAUUAAAUGAUAUGAUGAAACCUGCUUUGGCCAUAGUACAUUCAGUGCCUGAAACCUUUAAAAUAGUGGCUCACUACCAAUCAAUGCCAGUUCUGCUGAGGUGCUGUGAGGGUUUUUAAAAACACAAGCAAGACGAGUACAUAAAGGAAGGCAUUUUCCAUACUUUCGAGUCUGAAAGAAAACUCUCAAAACUACUUAUUGUGAACAAAGGUAGCAAGGGGUUAGGAAGGGGUACGACCUGACAGAUUUUUAUGAUAAAAAAAUUUUUUAAAAAAAAUGUAAUUAUUACCUGUACUUUUUACUGUGAUCUAUACAAUAAUGUUUUUCUUCAUUGUAUCUAUGGACUGUAAAAUAAUGAAUGAAGCACUGUCUGUUGAACAGAUCAUGUUUGUUCAGACUGUCCCGAUGGGAGGCACAUAAAGAAUGUAUUACUUUUUACAGCAUUUUGUUGAUGUUGUUAAUACAAUGACAUUAUAUAAAUUCUGCUCAUAUGUUG